UCAGAAUUCAUUCCAAUCGCAUUCUAAGACAUAAAUUGUAUUAAUACUAAAAAAAUUCAAAGAUAAAACCACCUUAUUAUUUGUUUGUCCACAAUAUAUGUUUAGGACGAAAAGUGUAAUAAAGUUUGGUAAAAUUUAAAUUGGUCAUCGUUUAGUUGGAAAUAAUGAAUUCCAAAUCCGACCAUGAAGGAGAAAAGGAAAAAAAGUUGACCAAUACUAAUAGGUUUGGGGAUUGCCUAGAGAACUAUGAGCUAUCCAACGAGACCGAAAACAAGGCCCAUGUUUACCCAAAGAAGAUUCCCAACAGAAAAAAUGGAAUAUUAAAAAACACCGAUGCCAACCACGGUACUGUGGAAAAUCCCUAUCACGAGGAUGUGGAUUUGGCGGACAUUCUUGGAACGAAUUGGCCAAAACGAGCUGGAGCAGCUGCUAUGAUUUUAAAUAACAAAAGCAAAACAGUGACUGAAUCUAUUGGGUGCGAAGAUGCCAUAAAGAAGCCAGCUUCCCCUAUCUUAGUAAAACCAGAGCCAGAGGAACCCUUACGUUUUACAAUCGCUGACUAUCAGCCUCUGAUUGAAAUACCAGGAACAGAACUAGCAAUUGGUUCCCUUGUAGAAGUCUCGAAUACUGGUGUGUGUGAAGAUCUAUAUGGCGUUAUAAGAUGGAUUGGCAUCCCUCCAGGUUCACCGCGAAAUGUACUCGUUGGAAUAGAGGUUGAAGAUGAAUCUAACUUGAAAAAUGUUGUGACAUCGGAUGGAAGGCAUAAUGGCGUUCGACUAUUUACUUGCCAUGAUGGUCGUGCUAUUUUUGUACCAGCCAAUAGAUGCACUGCUGAUCGGCGAUUUGCUGAUGUAGACAACAGUAUUUCUGCAAACAGAGUUUCCAACAAUCAUGCAAAAAAAUUUGGCGUCGCUGACUGUCCUGCUAUUUAUGGCUCGAUACCUCCAUUGGAAAUUCACAACUCCGAGGAACUUGCAGGAAUUUGUGGGAAGUUUAAAGGAAUACAAGGACACCACAAUUCCUGCUAUCUUGACGCAACACUUUUUUCGAUGUUCACAUUCACCAGUGUAUUUGAUUCAAUUCUGUACAGACAUCCGGGACCACAAGACAUUCGUAAUUAUAGUGAAGUUCAGAAGGUUUUGCGUGAUGAAAUCGUGAAUCCAUUGAGAAAAAAUGUUUUUGUUCGAUCCGACCGUGUGAUGAAACUUCGCGAACUAUUGGACCAGCUUAGUUCUGUUAGCGGUCUCACCUGCGAGGAGAAAGAUCCUGAAGAGUUCCUAAAUAGUUUGCUCUCACAAAUUAUGCGAGUUGAGCCGUUUUUAAAGCUAAGCUCAGGACAAGAUUCUUAUUUUUACCAACUAUUUGUUGAGAAGGAUGAAAAGUUAACUUUGCCGAGUGUCCAACAACUGUUUGAACAAAGCUUUCACUCUUCGGAUAUAAAACUUAAGGAGGUUCCAUCUUGUUUUAUCAUACAAAUGCCUCGUUUCGGAAAAAACUAUAAGAUGUAUCCUCGAAUAUUGCCUUCGCAAGUACUUGAUGUAACAGACAUAAUUGAAAAUUCACCGCGACAGUGCUCUCUAUGUGGCAAGCUGGCUGAGUACGAGUGUCGAGAUUGCUUUGGUAGCCUGCAAGCUGGCUCAGGACUUGAAUGCACCGCGUUUUGUCCCAAAUGUCUUAAGACAUUUCACUCCCACAUAAAAAGAACUAACCAUGUUUCAAAAAAGAUAUUCAGUCCGAAAGAGUUUAGAAUCAUGGCCGAGCACAUGGUUGUUCCGCGAUUGUAUAUGGAAUUGUUUGCAGUCGUUUGCAUAGAAACGUCUCAUUAUGUGGCGUUCGUAAAGUCCGGUUCUGGACCCGAUGCACCGUGGUGCUUCUUUGAUUCUAUGGCUGAUAGAAAAGGUGAACAGAAUGGAUACAAUAUACCUGAAAUUACGUGUGUUCCAGAAUUAACACAGUGGCUCUCAGAAGAAGGCGCACGAUCUAUAAAUGAAACUUCAACGAACGAUAAAGUAUUACCUGAACACGCUAAGCGUAUUUUUUGCGAUGCCUAUAUGUGUCUGUACCAAAGCACAGAUAUUAUGAUGUACCAUUAGAACAAAUUUAUCUAUAAUAAACAUGAAUGAAAUAAAAUUUUUAUAAAAAUCA